AUGGACAGCAUGACAUAUGACACUUUCAUGACUUGGCUUUCCGGGGAGGGUAAAGAGUACGACGUCAUUAUGUUGCAAGAAACACACUAUGGCCUAGGCAAACAGUUUUCGGAGUGGCUCAUUCCUGGCUACACAUUCGUCAGCAGUCCCGACCCUCAGAGUCGUUAUGCAGGAGUGGCCGUUCUCAUCUCGACAAAGGUGGCCACCAGCACUCAGGUGCGUCAUCAGGUGCAUGUGGCCGGAAGGCUUCUGCACAUCCGAGUUCCGAUCGGCAGCGGCAGGCAAGCCUCCCACCUUGAUCUGAUUUGUGUCUAUCAGUGGGCGUGGGAUGCUGACCCAGAGAAACAGCGAGCUGCCAAGCGCCAGGUCGUCUGGCAACGCCUGGACUCUCUUCUGCGGUCUCUGCCACAGCGCAAUUGCAAAUGCAUUGCUGGCGACUUCAACUGCUCAUUGCGUGAGCGGCCCCACUGUGUAGGCCAGCAUUUGCAUCGCAACACUGCUGGCUACCCAGAUGUCGACGAUUUUGGCACGCUUUUGGAAACACACCACUUGUGUGCCUUAAACACCUGGACCAGGGCGGCAGCCGUCCCCACAUACCUUCAGACAGGCGAACAGGCAAGGAGUGCGCAGAUUGACUACAUUUUGACCGGACAAGCUUCAGCCGUCAGAGAUCGCAAACUAGGCAAAACUGCUAGCAUCAUGGGUGCUGCAAUGCUGUCAGUCGAUCUGAGUCUGGCUUUCGAUCAGGUCAGCCACCAGUAUUUGCGAGCAGCACUCGAAUUCUUGAGCGUUGACCCAGACAUGAUCACGCUCAUUUUAUCCAUACACAGAGCUACGUAUCAUGUGCAACACGGGCAAGAAUCUUCGUGCUUUGAUAUUUGCAACGGCAUAAGGCAGGGGUGCACGCUCUCGCCGCUGUUAUGGGUCUGCAUCACUCAUUACAUGCUGCACAGGUUUAGCCUCAAGGCAGGGACAACAGCUCGUGACAGUCUAGUGCUUUUCGCUGAUGAUUUUAUCUCGAAAUUUAUCCUGCGUGACAUGACUGACGUGCAAGCCCUCGCCACAAACAUCCGGUACCUUUUCGAAACUUUGGGUGAGGCCUGUAUGACUGUUAAUCCCGAAAAAUCUAAGCUUCACAUCAAGGCUGCGGGAGUUCCGUUGAAAAAGUGGCUGAGCAAACACACCGUCACCCACAAAGGGGUCAAGUGCCUGGCCCUACGCACACCUUUUGACACGCUGUAUCUGCCUCUUUGUGAUCAGAUGACUUACUUAGGGGCCGUGAUCUCUUACGCUGCCUUCGAAGAUCAAUCUGCUGAGCACCGCAUUAGCAGUGCUCAAGCGAAUGUGUCCAGGCUGGCAAGGCACUUAUUCACGCAACAUGGACUCAGCUUGAGGCUGCGUCUGCGCUUGUUCAUGACUUGUGUUAGAGCGUCCCUGCUGUAUGGCAUCCCGUCAAUCGGAGUCACUGCUAAAAGCCUUCGCCUUAUGCAGAGAUUCGAAGCCAAGCACGUCAGAAGGUUAGCCAGGGCCCCAGCGCAUUUGACGCAUGAGAGAACGCAGGACCUUUACGCGAGGCUUGGUCUCACUUCUUUGCAAGACGCGCUGCUUGCCCGUGCACAGAGCAGCGUUGACUCUUUUCAGAAGCCGUAUCAGUUUCCGUGGAAAGGGGACCUGCGUAAUUGGCAAGUGAAAAAGCUUGACGAACUUAAAGAAUGCAUACAACUCAGUCAGUCAACUACACUGACUCAGACUGUGUCAGAGGGGGUUCCGUGCCCGGUCUGCGGCGUCUACUUUGACACCCAGCAUGCCAUGCGUGCACAUGCCACGCAGAAGCAUUCUAUGAUCUUUACUGUUCAGCCAGGCACUGCCAUGAGUCAAACGCUUGAUCCUCGUAAGCACAGUAUGGGCGGCAUGCCCACAUGUCGCCACUGCAAAAAGCCUUUUAAGAAGUGGGCUGGCCUUCGAGACCACAUCCUGAAUGCUUGCAGUGUCUGGAGCGGCAUUGCCACUCGUCAAGUUGACUCAGUCCUGAUGACCCUACUGCCUCAGCUGUUGCCAACAUUUCGGAGCAUCGACAAGCUGCUGGUGCGGCACAGCAUGGAGCCCACUCUGGCGGAGAGGGAGGUGGCCAACGUCUUCGGUUCCUCGAUGCCGGCCAUUGCAGCAGCCAAAUCGCAGCGCAGGGAUCCGGACUCAAGCCCGGAGAAGUCGAAGUUCCUCAAGACCGAUCGAGCCAAGGGAGUUCGAGGCAAGGGAUUGGGAGGUCGCAAGCCGGCCCAGACCAGGGCCACGGGACCCCAACAGCAGCAGUCGCAGGAGACACUGAGCGAGGAAACCAUAGCGGAGCUCCUAGCCAUCCUAACCCGACUGGCCCUCAAACACGAGGACAUCUUGGCAGCAGUGCAGGCGGACAGCUGCUUCAUGAUGUAUCUGGACACAUCCGGCGACCUCUCCAUCACGACCAAUCUGUACCAGAUCACACAAGCUUGGCAGACCAAAAAGCGGGACACCCCGGAGCUGCUCACGCAAAGUCUUCGGGUCACUCUUCUGACGGCACUGUUCAUGGAGCUUCGGGAGCGCAUGAACAUGGCCCUGCUGGCAGAAAAACGCGAAGUGCUCGCCAAGCAUCAGUGGAUCAGCACCUCCGACCCAGCGACCUGGAAUUACCAAAAGUGGGAUCCGACGACCGAAGCCGCGGUCGUGGACGCGGCCAAGGUCGGCGUGCCGCAUCAGGAGGCCAUAGAGGUCAUCCAGAAGAUCAUCCAGCUAGUUCCGUCCCUCCUUGUUCAAAAGUUUCACAGCACGCGACCCCAGGCUGCCGAAUAUCAAUCCAAUGUGCUCCCGUUUAUGCUCAUGAUCAGCAAUCGAGGCGAGAAGGCGCAAGACCUCUACAAUCUCUUUCAAAAGAUCUCCGACCUGAGUGCACUGCGGCUCAUCGGGGCGCGACUCCGUCCUCAUCGCCAACGCCGUCAGCCAUUGGCGCUGACGCUGGAGGACGUUGCAGCCGAGCUCCUGAAAUCAUCCAAUCGAGACCGCCAGCCGGAGGGACAGAUCUGUUACAUGAACUCCGUCAUCACUCUAUUUUCAUGGCUUGUGCAGGCAUUUGCGAUGGACCUGCCGUCGCCAUACGGCGUGAUGAAAACGGCUUUUGGGACCAUCAAGGCUGGCCUAAAACUCACCAUCACCAACUGCCUUCCUUGGCAGACCGUGAUCCGGCAGUGGUUUCGUGAAAUGCAAACUGACCUUCAUGCGCAGCAGGAUGCAGUAGCAUUUGCCGAGUUUUUGCUACGCCAAGCAGACAUCCCAGCUUUCCGGGGCACUUGGGAGGCCAGAACCUAUGAACGGAUCUUGAGUGACUCAGGUGUUUUGCCUAUUCGACUUGAGCUACGUACAGAUCUUCAGGCCUGCAUUGAUUACUGGCAUGAGCAGGCUGUGCGCUUCAUCCAGGCACUGCGUGUGCAGCCCGCAUUGCUCUUACUGCAAAUUUCGCGUUUUGACCCGGAGGAUCCACUUCGCAAAUAUGAUGCACCGCUUUUGAUUGAGGCAGGCCAAGUCAUCACCAUGCCGUGUUUCGACGAUGCACACAGCAUCAUACGCGUGCGAUACAGAGUUGCCGGUAUGAUUUACCACUGUGGACCCACCAUCCAUGCAGGUCAUUACCAGACAGUUUUGUGCACCUUGCGGGCGGCUGAGGGCAGAGCAUCCGGGAGUCCUCUUCAGGCACAGUCGCGAACUGCUGAGCUGGUGUCGAUCUUCGAUGCCAUACCGUAUGAUUCAACGCAUUGCAGCUCACUUCGAAAUCAGGUGAUUAAAUCCUUCACUGCUGGCAUGUGCACCAUGGGCCGGUCCAGUGUACGACUUAACACCAUUCAUCAUCCUGACUUCGUGCGACUGGUUUGUGCCACGAUCCGUGAUGUAUGGCCGGAGCAUUACUUCACCAGUUUUACAGUUGUGGAGGGCUCCACUUACAGCUGGCAUCGUGACCGGAACAACGCAUCUGGAUUGAAUUUGGUCAUUCCUCUCACUUUCUUCCGACAAGGUGCGCUGUAUAUAGAAUCUCCUGAAGCUCCAUGGGUCACCAUUGCUGGGGAGACUCGAAGAGCUACCAGGGCUGAUUUCACCAUGGGGCCCAUUGCAUUUGAUGCUCACAAUCUCUCGCAUUGUGCCGAAGUUUCCGAGGAUCGUCGCAUUGUUUGCAUUGCCUACUGCCUGCGAGGAAUCCAACGUUUGAGCGCAGAGCACUACAGCUUUCUGUGUGACAUGGGAUUCAAUGCUCCACUUCUUGACUUGAGGCCAGGGGACAUUUCUGAAACCAUCGUUACCGAUGGCUUUCCUGACCUGCGCUAUGCUUGA